CCAUUUGAAUCUUCCUUCAUGAUGCAUGAUGGGCCGUUGAUGAUCAAGGACAUCAUCCGAUCCAACUGGAAAAACCUGCAGUUUGUGUUCCUAUCGGCUUGCCACACUACCGUGGGCGAUGAGAAGAGUCCCAAAUCCAAUGAAUUGAUCCACCUCGCUGCCGCAAUGCAAUUCUCCGGAUUUCAUAGUGUGAUCGGUUCCAUGUGGUCUGUCAAGGAUGAGGUUGCGCAGGAGGUUGUGUCUGGUUUUUACGAGAACCUGAUCAAUGAUUCGGGGAGAUUGGACUGCACACGCGCUGCAAUGGCGUUGCACAAGGCUUUGAAGAAAUUGCAGCGCGGUGAUAUUCCAUUGGAACAGUGGAUUGUAUUUGUUCACAUAGGUGUGUAG